CGUAGAGCUGCUCGGUUGCUGGCACAGACCGCGUGAAGACAAGGGUCGCUGCCUGACAGACCAGUAGACUGGAUAUGACUGUCACAGUAUAAUCGAAUACUCAGUCAUGCUGAGUGCACCUGAGAGAGGGAGAGUAGCACCAGGGUCAAACGAGUCGAGCCGACGUCGGAGAAAAUACUUACUGCUAGAGAGAAUCCCCCGGGAAUAUUGGACGCACUAAAAGUAAGGUUGGGUUCCGAGGGCACCUACCAACGCCCGGCCCAGCGCACUGGAGCUGCCAAGUCUUUUCUUUCCAGUUCGAGGCCUCGCCUAACACGUACUUGUUUUCGCAAGCCGGAAACAAGCGAAAUCCAACUCGAUCCCCUGCGAGUUGAGCUUGAACUCAAGAAGCCAAGCCUCCCACGCGACUUGGCCUGUGGAAUUUUGAGUCAGAUUCCCGAACCGAUCGCCCAUCGUAUACCAGAAGCGAAGCCGUUCAACAUGAGCCCCGAUGAAGACAACAAGAUGGCCCACGCCACCGACGGCCCGGCGUCACGCGAAGACUCCGAGAUAGGGCAGCACGACCGCCCGGUGGUUGUCGAAGGAGAAGAUCAGCGCGGUAUCCAGAAUGUGGAGGCAGUGACCCUCAGCUGGACGAAGACCGCGCUCAUCGUAGUGUUCCUCAACAUAUGGUUGAUCUACUUUGUGAAUGCCAUGCAGGGUGGCAUCCUGGGCAACCUCACUCCAUACGCCGCCAGUGAAUGGUCCCAACACUCGUUGGUCAAUGUCAUUUCUGUCGUCGCGAACGCGAUAUCUGCAGCAAUCUAUGUGCCACUCUCUAAGAUCCUCGAUGUCUGGGGCCGUGCCGAGGGAUUUGCUGUCAUGGUCAUAUUUGCUACCUUGGGCAUGGUCCUGAUGGCUGUGAGCCACAACCUGGCAACUUUCUGUGCUGCAUCUGUCUUCUACCAGGUCGGAUUCGGAGGGAUGACUUUCUGUGUCGACGUUCUCACAGCCGAUAUCUCCCAGCUGAAGAACCGAGGGCUGGCCUAUGCUUUCACCUCCUCCCCCUACAUCAUCACUGCGUUCGCCGGGCCCAAGGCAGCCGAGAGCUUCUACGAGGACAUCAGCUGGCGGUGGGGCUUCGGCUGCUUCGCCAUUGUUUUCCCAAUCGUGGCCAUGCCACUGUUCGGUAUCUUGAAGGCCAACGUGCGCAAGGCCAAGAAGCUUGGCACUUUUGUUCCUCGCAACAGCGGCCGCAAUGUUUUCCAGAGCAUCUGGCAUUACGUGGUGGAUUUCGAUGCACUCGGAGUGGUCAUCUUCUCCACGGGCCUGGUCCUCUUCCUGCUCCCAUUCGACAUCGCCAGCUCCGCUCCGAACGGCUGGGCAUCCGGCUACAUCAUCGCCAUGAUUGUAGUCGGCUUCGUGCUACUGGUCUCCUUCGCCCUCUACGAGAAGUUCGCAGCCCCUAAGCCACUGCUGAACUACACCUUCCUCACCGACCGGACCGUCCUCGGCGCCUGCCUGCUGGACGCCACCUACCAGGUCGCCUACUACUGCUGGGACAACUACUUCACCUCUUACCUGCAGGUGGUCAACAACGUCUCCAUCUCCGAGGCGGGUUACAUCAACAACACCUUCAACGUGGUCUCGGGCUUCCUGCUGCUCCUCGUCGGUUACCUGAUGCGCCGCACCGGCCGCUUCAAGUGGAUGCUGUACUUCGCCGUGCCGCUGUACAUCUUCGCCCAGGGCCUCAUGAUCUACUUCCGCCGCCCCAACCAGUCUGUCGGGUACCAGGUCAUGUGCCAGAUCUUCAUCUCCAUCGGCGGCAGCGUGUUCAUCAUCGUCCAGCAGGUCGCCGUUCUCGCCGCGGUUGACCACCACCACGUCGCCGCCGCCCUGGCGCUGCUCAGUGUCGUCGGGACAAUUGGUGGAGCCAUCGGUGGAGCCGUCUCGGGUGCGAUCUGGACCAACACCUUCCCCAAUGCCCUCGAGAGGUACCUUCCUGCCAGCGCCAUGGACAACUUCGACAUGAUCUACGAGGACCUGGACACCCAGCUUAGCUACCCUGUCGGCAGUGAGACCCGCCUGGCAAUCCAGCAGGCUUACGGCUACGCGCAGACGAGGAUGCUUGCCGCUGGGACUGGUGUUAUGGCACUGUGCUUCCUCUGGACUUUUAUGAUCAAGAACAUCGACUUGAAGAGAGUGACCCAGGUCAAGGGAAUGGUAUUCUAGGUGGUGGGAAGAGGUUUUAGUUUCAACCGUAGAGAUGGCUGUAUUUCCGUGGUGUGAUAUUAUGCUUUGUGUAAUGAGAUUAAUGUUUUGUCCUAGAUUUUGGAAUGGGGUAUAAAAGGGCAGCCAGCCUCUUCUGGUAAUGAGGAAUCGGACAUUUGCCGUGAAAAGUGUGAAUGUUUAUCACGAGAUUGGGGCAGGGGGUCAUUGGCUGGCAGUGCUAUAACGCUAUCUUGUAUUCGGCCUCAUGAUUUUUGGUCCUCCUCUUCCUUCUUGUCGAGGUCGAUCUGAGGCAUGAGAACAAAUGCGAUCAAUCCA